UAUACUUACAAAAACUAAUUCCAAUCUUCCUUGCAGAUGUCUGAUAAUUGUUCCGUAAAAGUUGCAGUGCGCGUACGACCUCUGGAUACUUGCGAAAUUCAGAAGGGAUGUAAGGAAAUCAUUGACAUCAUCCCUGAGAAUGACCAAAUUCUAAUUCACGAAAAAACGUUUACGUUCAACUACGUGUUUGGUCCUGAGUCUUCGCAGGAUGAGGUUUAUCACAGGUCUGUCAGCGGGAUGAUAACGAACCUGUUUAAGGGUUACAACGUGACCAUAUUGGCCUACGGCCAAACUGGUUCAGGCAAGACGCACUCCAUGGGGACCGCCUACAAGGAGGAUGGUGAUAUGGGUGUCAUACCCAGGGCAAUUCAACACAUCUUCGACUACAUAACUGAUAACUUAUCUCUAGACUGCAACAUAAAAGUUUCAUUCGUGGAACUGUACCAGGAGAUGCUAUACGACCUAUUAGCUGGCAAGCCUAGAGAACAAUGUGUCUUGGAUAUUAGAGAAGACGUAUCCAAAGGAAAUUACAUACCAGGACUGACGCAAAUCCCCGUGGUAAACGCCAGACAAGUCAUUGCCCUACUUGCACAAGGUUCCAUUGGCCGAGUUACAGGUUCAACGAACAUGAACUCCCAAAGUUCCAGAAGCCAUGCCAUCUUCACUCUUAACAUCUCGAUUCACCACAAAUCUGAGGAUGGUGACAAUAAUAUAACAGCCAAGUUGCACUUGGUUGAUCUGGCUGGCUCAGAAAGGCCCAAGAAGACCGGUGCAGUGGGUAAUACUUUCAAAGAAGGUUGCAACAUCAAUAAAGGCUUGUUUGUGCUGGGGAACGUCAUCAGCUGUUUGGGCGAUGAAAAUAAAGCCGGUGCCUUCGUCCCUUAUCGGGAUAGUAAUCUUACUCGGCUGUUAAAAGACUCGCUUGGAGGCAACAGCAUCACUUUGAUGAUAGCGUGUGUCAGCCCUGCUGAUUACAAUUCAGAAGAGACAGUUUCCACUUUAAGAUACGCAGACAGAGCUAAGCAAAUCAAGAACAAGCCUGUGAUUAAUCAAGACCCUCACAUUGCUCAAAUAUGUAAGCUCAAAAGCACCAUCCAACAGUUGAGGCUCCAAAUAGUGGAGCAAGGCGGUCCAGUGGCGGUGUGCCCCGCUGACAUCGAAGACCUGAAGAGAAGGAAUGCCAAUUUGGAAAAGGACAACCGUGAACUGAACGUUAGAUUGUCGGCUGUUAUGUUCGACAACACUGGUCUGUUGGAGAAGUUGAACAUUUUGCAAAAUCACACCGAAAGUAUGAGCAAUCACUUAAACAACUUGACCAGAAACUUCCAAUCCACCACCAACAACCUAAACGAAGGGCUGGAGAACAACAACACGGAGUUGGUGAAGACCAGUAUGCAAAACCUGUUUGAUAUCCAGAAAAAAUUCGAAGACAUGAACAACGAACAAAAGAAAACCGUCGAAGACAUCAAGUACCACGAGGAGUCCUUCGCCAAACUAAUAAACGCCCCCGACAACUUCAGCGAAAUAAACGUGGACUUCGACGAACAACAAACCGAAUUCACAUCCAAACAGGUGGCCCUCAACACCGAGCUUCAGGAAUGCAUGAAGCAGCUGGCCCGCAAAGAGGGCCUGGCCCAGCAACUCAUAAGGAACGUCCAGUACAUGGUGGACUACAACGGUUUGGCUCAGAACGAAGAAAAGAUAAACUCACUGCAGAAGGAGAAAGACGAAUUACUGCAGCAGCUUAAGGCUGUGCAAUCUCAGGAUAAUGUUGGCAAAUUAGCUGAGCAACGUAGGAAGCGCCUCAAAGAGCUCGAAACCCAAAUCCAGGAUCUGCAGAAGAAAGUUGCCGUACAAUCCCGACUGAUUAAGCACAAAGAGAAGGACGAGAAAAUGAUAAGGGACUUAGGCAACGAAAUCUUAAAUAUGAAGCAGAACAAGGUCAAGUUGAUGAAGAAAAUACGAGAGGAGUCGGAGAAGUUUAGGGAGUGGCGGAUCCAACGGGAAAGGGAGUUGGCGAAGCUGAAGCAACAGGACCGGAAGAAGGACAACGAAAUUGUCAAGAUUAAAUUGAGGAACGCGAAGCAACAGAACGUACUAAGAAGAAAAGUGGAGGAGGCCAAUGCGCUCAACAAACGACUGCAACAAGCACUGCAAAAGAGGACCCAAGGUCAAGAAGGGAAGAACGACAAAGCCAAAUGGCUCAGACAUCACCUGAAGGAGGAGUUGGAGAUCUUCUUCAGUUUCAUCGAGGCGGAAGAAACGGUCAUCAACUUGCUGGAGGACCGUGGCAAGCUGCAGGAACAAUUAGAAAUCUUAAGAUCUAACCCAGAAACGGUGGGCUCCGAAGAGUGCAAAAACUUGGAGGAGGACAUCGAGUGUAGAUCAGCCCAAAUUUCAGAUUUUCAGAACAAAAUUAUGGAAUCAGAUGACGAUAAUAAAUUAAGAGCUCGAUUCGAAAACAUACAAUCCAUGUCUGAUGCGAAGCAGACUCUCCGUUUGCUGUUCGAGCACGCAACUGAUAUUAAAAGGAAGGCGGUCCAAAGUCAGCUGAAGCUGACGGAAACUCACGAAAUAACUGCUGAAGUGAGGGACUGCAAAAAAAACUACGAGGACAACAUGAGGAGGAUUGAGGAAAAGUACGACAAGCAACUAUCGGAGCUACAAAACUCUUACGAAGAGAAAAUAUCGCUUCUACUUAGACAAUUGUGUGGUGUCAAAGUUGGAGAUGGGGCAGCCGAUGAUGAACUCAAAGGGCGUUACCAGCUGCUCGUGGAGGAGUACUCCCAGCUAGAGGAAAGAGCAACUGAGUUACAAAGACAAUUAGAUCACUACAAGAACCCUGUGAGUACUGAAGCAGCUGGUACCUCCGGCGAUAGUAAAAAAAUCAAAUCGAAGGCAGUUCACUCUGAUGAGACCCUCGUGAAGAAGCAUGAAAGUGAGAAGGAGAACUUGGAUUCGAGUGUGGAACAGUUAUUGGACGACGAUAAAAAGGAUCCUGACUGGAGAAGAACACCACUAGGUAAACGUAUACUGCGUGAAAAGAAAAGGUUGAAAGGUCAAAGAAGCUAUAACGACUUAAAAAGUACUGACGGAGAGUCUAGAGCGUUGAAGAGAUGUGCGGGCGGCGGUUGUACGUGCAAAACGAAUUGUUCCGCCCGUUGUGGUUGCAGGAAGAUGAAUCGUUGUUGCAGGACACCGUGCAGAUGCGAUUCGAUGUCGUGUCUGAAUCGGCAACUAAAUUAUGCUGAUGAUGUGGAAGGCAAGUCUGAUGAUCAAGGAUCAGGGGAGGAUAACGGUUCCUUCAGUACCAUCAACAGAGGAUGUAAGAAGGAACUCUUCAAUACCCCCGAUUGAACAAUCAAACUUUGAAAAUUUUUAACACUUUUUAAAUUUUUUACAUUUUAAUUUUAUUUGCAAUUAUGAGUGAUUUAUAUAUAUAUGUAGUUAACAAUUUUACAAAAACAAUAAAUUUAUUAAAUUAACAAGGGUAGAGCCCCACCAAAUUCCCACACGACAAAACUAAUUUAUAAAGUACACAAUUUAGAUAAUUAAUUAACCUAAACUAAAUUUGUCGAACCCCGAAAAUACAACUUAAAAUAAAUGAUAUCAAAUAUCA